CAAAAUCCAAAGUCCGUUUUCUACAAGACCUACAUCUUUGUUCUAAUUGCAUAUGCAAGUGUCCAGCUGGCCUUUAGCCUACUCAUGCGCAUUCCAGCUUGUCAUAGGCUGACAAACCGAUGUGAUCAAUGGCCUGUUAGGAGAUUUAUCAAGUGGAUGCAUCAGAUUUUCUAUACACUCUUUUCUGCAAUUGUUGGCUUCUUGCUUGGGGCAAGUGAUGGUCUAGGCGAGAUUCAUUCUGUUGAUGCUGUUCAUGAGCUUUUUGAGCAGUUUCCUGAAGCUUUCAUGAGGUAUCUUCAUGUGCCAACCAAAGAGAGUUCUUUUUAUGCUUCCAAUCAGGUGAGUUGACCGUUAUAUUUGGAGCGUUGUGAUGACGUAUUCUUCUAAUUGAAUUUAUGCAAUCUUUGCUGUUAUAUUUAACACUUUUUUAUGAAUAAAGAUGGAAUGUCUAUGAUUCCACAUGUAAUAUGCUUCAAUUUUUCCACUUGGUGUGUUAAACUUAUCCUUUAUUUUUUGUAUAUAAUUGAAUUGUCUGGGAUGCUUGGGAGCUUUCUUUAUUGCAUGUUAC